AUGGUUGAUGAAUUCAACGAGUGCGCCGUCUCAAGGAAGAAAUGUGUGCCUAAGAAAUCUGGUGUGGGAGAAUUUCCUGUUCCAAGCCGGAUGUCCUUGUCAGGAGCUUUAACACUUCAGAGUUUAGUGAGCACUGUCAAAGUUGAUCCACAAGAAUUUGAAGCUUGCAUUCACCUUUCACAGGCUGCACUUGGUGAAUUUAAGAAAGACAAAGCUAAUGAGCCUGUUGUUAUUUGCUUGAAAGUUGGUGACCAGAAGUUUGUUUUGGGAACCCUCAACAGAGAGAAAAUUCCUCAGACUACUCUUGAGUUGGUUCUGGACGAGGAAUUUGAACUUUCUCACAGCUCCAAAAUAUCUAGUGCCCAUUUCUGUGGAUACAAAGCUUAUUACCCUGACAAUGAAUAUAGUGAUGAAGAUGACUUUUCUGAUAGCGAUAAGGAGGAAAUUCCUUUGGCUCGAACCAUAGGGAAUGGGAAACCAGAAAUAAAAGUUGAGAACCAGAAAGUUUCUGAAGCUAAGAAAGCACCUGCUAAGAGUGGUGUACAUGCCAAGCCUGAACCACCUGCUAAGAGCGAUACAUCUGCGAAACAAAUUGUACAUCAGUUCAAUAACAAUGUUAAACCAGAUCAUGUAACAAUGGUAGCAGUUCUAAACAGACCUGCAAAGAUUCAUUUCAACCCUUCAAGAACCAACUCCAAUUACAACUCUAACCUCUCAACACCAUAA